AUAAUCUUUUCAGCCUGAGGACUCGAGCAUUAUGACAAUAUUAUUGAGCAACAAUAACAUAACAAAUGGAGACCACUGCUACAUCAUGUAACCCAGUACCGAGUAAACUACCACAUCUCCUGCACUCCUCUGUGUUUGCUGGUCUGCCCCGGUAGUGCAGUGUUUCUGACAUGCUUUAACAAAGUGUGUAAAAACAGACUGUUUGUGUUCACUUCGCUUCCUGAUGUGAUAGGGCAGGUUGCUAAUCCCUGCGUGUAGAGGUUAUGGAGCAGAGCAGCACAGGGAGACGGUUAAAGCGCUCAGGUGGAGGUGCUUGUUUUCUUUUCUGAAACAGGUGGAAACAGUUGGCCACCGCUCACCCCGCAGUAUGUGUUUCUUCGGUGUCGUCUCGGAAAAGUCACGAACAGAACUAGACACGAGUUCCACCUUAACGAACAACAACGAAAGAAGCUUUCAGCCUCCUGGCGAAUCUAACAAACGGCUCCAGCAUCGUCCUGGUGCCACAGCCGGUCCCGAAGGCUCGCGCCUGAGCGUUAACGCGCGCGAGCGACCGCGCAUGCGCGCCCUGAACGCCGCUCUGGACGAUCUGCGGGCCGCGAUACAGUACAGAGGAAAUCACAGCAAGAAACUGUCAAAGAUCGCCACACUGCUGCUGGCCAAGAACUACAUCCUCAUGCAGGCUCACGCCUUGGAGCAGAUGAGCAAGACUGUCGAGCAACGAAACCUGGAACAAAAUGUCCUGUCCGCUGGGUUUCUCCCGCAAGAUCAGUCUGCAGGCUAUGUGGAGGAUAGCAUGCUCAUUUUAUUAUGUGAUUUUAUUUAAUAUGUAACACCUUUACAUUUGUGACACUUUUAAUCUGUGACACUACCCUUAGCUAUAUGUUUAACUCGUGAUGCCUGAAACAAACCAUGAAUAAAAACAUUCACCUGAAAAGUCA